UGGAGACAUCAUGCUGACUUGUGAAAUAUUCUGGAAAUUGAGUAUCAUCACUGCGUUAAUUCUGGUGAUUUGCGCGACCGGAUGUGACUUCGCAGAAAUCGACUGGGGAUACGAUUCGAACGACGAUUACGUUCCUGGGAGGUCGUGCCGGACUAGCGCUGACUGUGAGCCAUUCAAGUACUACUGCUGUGUAAUACAACGUCCUAACCAGCGAGUGGGCUAUUGUAACUAUCGUGGUAUCAAAGGAGAAAAAUGCAGCAAUAAGCUCUACAGGACUGUGGAGAACAACAACUACUAUGCUCCAUACCUUCAUUAUUGCCCCUGUGAACAACCAAAAUAUGUAUGUCACCGGUCACACGGACUUGAAGAUGUUGGCAAAUGUGAAUUCUAUACUAAAACCAAACCUGGUGGUUGAAUGGAAGUCCGUGUUAAUGGUACAACGCGUACGAAAGAGGCAGCUACAAGGAAGAAGACCAACAUGUGCCUAUACCCUCCUCAAAGAACUUUACAUUCUCUUGACGAAAAAAAUCUAUUCACGCUUGUCUA